CAUUAAGUUACUCCUAUCUUAAGUUUACAAGAAUUCAAAUAGUACGAAUUUCAAGACUUACAUUUAAACGAAAAUAAAUUUUGAAAAUUUUAUUAAAAAAAAAAAAUACUUAAGAAAAUGAAGAGUUUCUGUUAUAAAAAAGCAGAAUUGCAAUCCUUAUAUAUGAAUCAAAUGGAUGCUUAAUACGCCGGGCAAAGUCACCCUUUAACCAAACCCCCAAACUUUUCAGUUUCUACCAAUUAACAUGGCCGCUGCUGCUACUAACACUACUCAAACAGAAACUUCUGUGUCCUUGAAACUUCUGUUGAAUGAAGAGAGUAACAAAGUCUUAUUUGCUGAAGCUGGGAAAGACUUUGUAGACAUUCUGUGUAGCUUCUUAACAAUUCCUUUAGGAACUAUUGCAAGACUUGUAGAGAAGGAAACUAGCAUUGGUCCAGUUUCUAUUGGUUGUCUUAACUCCCUCUAUAAAAGUGUUGCAGAUCUUGAUCAAAGUUGUUUCUGUGCUGAUACAAUCAAACAAAUGCUGCUGCAACCGAUUAACUUUGCCGAAGAUUAUUGUAACACUCUUAAACUCAACAUUGAUGACACUCAACCCACCGAGUACUUUGCAUGUAAUAAUUGGCAAUAUUAUACCUCCCACACCCACACCCACAUCAUACAUGAUUUUAUCACAUCAACCAAUAAAGAUAAAUACAAAUGCCACUGUAGUGGUUCCUUUACCUCCCCCGUUUUGCCUAAAUGUUUCCACCAAGGAUUUGUUAACUACAAUGCAACUUUUAUCAUAACUGAUGAUCUAAAGGUCAUGCCAAAUAGCCUUGACUAUGCAAGCUUUGGGCUGCUCCAAGAAUUUGGAAUAAAAAACCCAAGUUCUGUGAAGGAAAUUGUUCUGAAUAUCUCGAAAGAAAAGGUACUUGAUUUGCUAAAAUUUUCUUUGCUCUCCAAGUCUCCCUUGACUGAUUUCUUCUUAGGAAAGAAACCAUCCAUCGAUGUUUCAAGGUUUUUCACGUUUGAUGUUACAUUUAGUGGCAAUAUCCAAAUCAUUCUGAAACUUGUUAUAAGAAAAUCAGAUGGUAAGGUUUUGUGUGCUCAAGGAGAACAAGAUUUUGCAGAUUUACUGUUGAGUUUUCUUACUUUUCCUUUGGGAGGAAUUAAUCGUAUAUUUGAUGAGAAUUUUGCUUUGGGAAGCAUUGGUGGAUUGUACAAGAGCAUUGCUAAAUUAAAUGUAAACAAAUAUUUGAUAUCAAAAGAAGCUAAGAACAGGCUUGUUGAUCCUUGCACUGCCCCACAGAUAAAAUUAAGCAAUCACAUAUUACCAAUUCUUGAGCCAGGUGUUAUUGAAUAUUACAGGUAUUAUUAUGGUGGUAAUGCUUAUCGUCAGGUUCAAAUUUUCAAAUUUGGUGAAGAUAAGAGUUUUUUGGGAAAUUGUUCUGAAAUGAAGUUAUCUGAAUAUGAGUCAAAUCGUGAAGCUUAUCUCAAGAAUCCAACACUGUAUGUUGCUACAGAUGAUUUGGUCAUAACACCCUUGUCUCCAAUUUCUGCAUUGGGUUUACUUAACAGAUUGAAAACUCCUCUUAAUGAUUUGAAGGAAAAGGUUGUCACAAUCGGUAUCAAGGAGGUUCUCAACAUAUUGAAAGCUGGUUUAAGUUCAACAUCUGCUCUUACAAAUGGUCUAGCUCACCUUUUAACAGAAGUUAAGGAGGAGAAGUGAGAAGAACUUACAUUUUGUGGUGUUUUAAGGUUGUUAGGGAAAAUUAUGUAAUGGACAACAAAACUAGAUUUUACUAUUUUGGAUGUUGUUAUUUCAAUUCUAUCAUUAUUAUUGCUUUGAGAUCUUUUAAGUUUUAUUUAGUUUUAAAUGGCUUCUUUUCA